CCCUUUGUUAGGGGGUGUAAGUGGGAGGAGGUUUGAUGUUACAGUGCUGAAGGGGCUGUUUUGUGUCCCUUUGAGAGGUCUGGGCCUCUCUGAACAAAGCUGUACGACGUAGUGACCGCUGCUGCGACAGGGAAUAACUGCUCUUCAAUGCGCACAAUCGAUCGGCAUAUCUCCGUGACAAUUGCUGCUGCUGUUGCAUCAUCUGCAUCAUAACCCAGUUGCAGGAUUAAGCUUAAGGUGGCUCUUGCCUCUCUCUCUAUCUGUCUCUCUUUUCUCCCUCUUUCUCUCCUCCUCUGAUCCUUCAUUAGCAGGAAUUUAUACACAUACGUAGACUGUCAUUGCUUUAGAGAGAAUGCCAGAUCAGUCGUCUCGUUCCUUCCAGUUUCGCUGUUUUGAGUGCUCUAGAGCGUCCACCCACAGCAUGGACAUGUCUUGCUGAAUUAGUUGCUGUCAACCUGCUGGUCGCGGCGUAGACUUAUAAGCACUGGCUGGCGCGGCUUUUGCAGCUGGAGACGGGAUUGUUUGCGCCGGAGGUCCAGCAUCUAACUUCAUUUGUCUAGAUGGUGCUAGUUGUGACCCAGUGGAAGGAUUUUAGCCUCACCUCGGAAGCUGAGGGAUUCUUUUUUCUUUUUUCCACGCUUUAGUUCGUAUUGGAAGAUAUCACUACUUGUUCUCGUUCAAGUCUGCUUCAUCUAAGCCGCAGACGUUCCUGGUUUCACACAAUCUGUAUCCUUCGUUUUCGAGGAUCUGUGCUUCACAAAUUGCCAUUUUAGGCGCAUGAUGCUCGUUGUUACGUAACCUGCAGCGGAGUUUACGCUUGUGCAGAUUCUUGGAGUCGUGACCCAAUUCAGAGACCUUGCACAACUUCAAGGAAUUUGAGAAGAUCUUCGGGUUCCCAGAUUUCGUGGUCGCAGCGGAAGCAUCAGCCUAGCUGUCGAUGCUAAUCGAUUAGACAGUAUUCUGCGUGGAAGGCGAUCCAACAAUGAGGCUUCAGAGAUCGUGAGGUUGUGAAGCCUCCGUAAUCCGUUGCUCGUACAUUCGGUGCAUCUGUCCAUUGACUGAAUUUGGAAGCCCAUUCUCAGCUUGACCUCCCAGGCGCUUUCCAGUGAUCUACUGUCGAUACCCCACAUGAAUGAGAAAGGCUUUCCGCUUGUAAAUGCGACAUCCGCAGUUUCAUUGAUUUGGGAACAGAAUCAGAUUUCUGUUCUUUUCUAGGCUCUGUCGCCACUGGUCGAGCACGUCGACAGAUCGUCAAGAUGAUUACGGGUCAUGACAUGUAUAAUGUCUUGAGCGCCAUGGUGCCGCUGUACGUGGCGAUGAUGUUGGCCUACGCGUCUGUGAAAUGGUGGGGAAUUCUAACGCCGCAACAAUGUGACGGAAUCAACAGAUUCGUGUCGAUUUUCGCCGUCCCACUGCUCUCUUUCCAGUUCGUCUCGGGCAACAACCCUUACGAGAUGAAUUUCAGAUUCAUUGCAGCGGACGCCGUGUCCAAGGUGUUCGUUCUCUCGUGCUUAGGUCUUUGGGUCCGGUUCUCAAAGCGGGGAAGUCUGGAGUGGGUGAUUACAUUGUUUAUGCUGACGACGAUUCCAAACACCCUGGUGAUCGGAACGCCUCUGUUGGCCGCCAUGUAUGGGUCUAAGCCUGGCCAACUCACAGUCCAAGCCGUUGUCCUGCAAUGCAUAAUUUGGUAUACUCUCUUGCUUGUGAUGUACGAGUACCGGGCUGCCCGAAUUCUCAUCAUGCACCGAUUCCCAGAGAAUGCUGCAUCCAUCGUCUCCUUCAAGGUGGAAUCAGAUGUGAUGUCCCUGGAUGGCCCGGACCCUGUGCUCACGGAAGCUGAAUUUAGGAACGAUGGGAAGCUCCACGUGAGGGUGAGGAGAUCUGUGUCAUCCAGGUCGCAAGGUGUGCACUCCGCCAACCACUCCAUACCCUCGUCGAAAGCGCUCACGCCGCGCGCUUCCAACCUCAGCAACGCAGAAAUAUACUCCAUGAAUUCGUCCGUGAAUUUGACUCCGAGAGGUUCGAGCUUUGAUCGAGGGGAGGACUGCUCUACCAUGGCUCACAGGGAUCCAAACCGUAAGUCAAACUUCGAUACCUCUGAUAUCUACUCUCUGCAAUCAUCCCGCGGCCCCACUCCGCGCAAUUCUAACUUCAAUGAGGAAAAUUCUAAGGAGGUGCAUAAUCACCGGGGCGCCCUUAACGUGAACAUUCCUCGGUUCGCUCCUCCUUUGUAUCGCAACGGCUCCGGAGGUCGAUUGUUCAUGGCCCGAAGCGACCUCGGUGGAGUUGGAGCCCUGAGUUUCGAACCUGCAGCCCAUAGCAUGGGUCCCGAUGGUCGCACCAUUUAUCCAGGAAUCACUGUUGUCACUAAUUCCGUGGCUGCAGUUCCUGCUUCUGGUGUCAGCACCCAUAUUAUCAACCCAGUGUUUUCUCCGCUUGUCUCUCAAGUGGCAAAGAAGGUGAAUGAUCCAAGAGCUUCGAUACCCAAGACAGACGAAGAAGCGAAGGAGCUUCACAUGUUUGUAAGCAGCGCAAAUCCAACGUCCGUCUCGGAAGGCGAGUUGCACGUCUUCGGAGGAAGCGAUAUCUCCAUUAACCUCCAGCAAAGUGUUAACCCUAAAGAACUGCAUGUGCAUGUGCAUCCUCAGUCGGAGCAUCACCUCCCCGGUGCAGCAAACCAUAAAACACAAGACGAGCAUGCUCGGCAAGGCUUUAGCUUCGGAAACAGGAGGGAUUUGAAAGUGGAGGAUGUUGACAAUAACGGGUCAAAGCUGGACAAGAAAUUUCGAUCAAUAUUGACUGCAGAACUGGCACCGAAGCAUCCAAUGGACGAAGGGAAGACGAGCAUGCCGCCUUCCUCAGUGAUGAUUAAGCUGAUAUGUGUCAUGACCUUCAGAAAACUCACUCGCAAUCCGAACACUUACUCCAGUUUACUCGGAGUGGUGUGGUCAUUAAUCUCAUUCAAGUGCCAUUUGGACAUGCCUCUGAUCCUAUACAAGUCCUAUCACAUAAUCUCAGAUGCAGGAAUUGGGAUGGCCAUGUUCAGUCUUGGCUUGUUCAUGGGAAUGGGAGACCGCAUUAUAGCGUGCGGGACCAAGCAUGCACUAUUCGCAAUGCUUCUACGGUUCCUAGUCGGCCCUGCGGUGUUUGCUGCGGCAUCAUAUCUAGUGGGCCUUCGAGGAGUGAGCCUCAACGUUUCCACAGUGCAGGCUGCAUUACCACAAGGCAUUGUACCAUUUGUGUUCGCAAAGGAAUACAAUGUGCAUCCAGAGAUCCUCAGCACUGCGGUGAUCUUUGGAAUGAUUGUAACACUACCAACUGCACUUUUGUACUACAUCCUACUGGGCCUCUGACUGGUUGGCAAGGUUGAGUUUUACUUGAGCAGUCCCUUAAUCCUAUUCGAAUUCAGUGCUCAUGUACAUAAUUUAUGUACAUUUUUCACUCAAUGGUGUUGAACUCCCCAGUUCCAGUACUUGAGAUUUCUUCACCACUCCAUGUUGAUCAAUCAAUAACUGGGCAAUUAGAAUAUGCAAACCAUGCAGAAACUAGAGGAAACAUUAUUGCUCAAUUUAGAGUGAGUGAUCCUUCAAAACCAUCAAAAACAAAGGAGUUGUGCUGCUGCAGAGAUCCAUACAUAUAUAGAGAGAUAUAUUCGGAGGGUGAGCUGGGCUGGGACUCUGUAUAGAUGAUCCCUCUCUGUAGAUGGAGAUUAGUACCCUAUGUUGGAACAAAAGAUGAAACAGUUCUAGACAAAUAUGUCUAAUUGUUUGCUUGUUUGUUUAAUUGUUUGCGGUACAAAUAUUCAUACAUU